AACAUCAAUUGUUGUUUGUACACAUACCUUAAUCGAUGGUGACCUUUAUCUAAAAAGUGUUGUUUUAUGAUUUCAUAUAAAUUAUAGAGGUAGUAAAAACGUCUACACAAACUAUUUAGUUUGGUGUACAAAAGCAAAAGUGCACAAAUAGUAUUUAUCAAGCAUAAAGUCUUAAUCAGUCUUGCUGCCAUUUUGAAAAUCCAACCUAUUGGUGAAGAUGGCACCGCGUUCAAUUUUCUUACUCUCUUCAUCUCGUGUACAUGGGUAUGAAUUUUUGGAGCAUGCAAAGGAACAUUUAAAGGAAUUUCUAUCAAAGCGUAAAGUGAAAACAGUGCUUUUUAUACCCUAUGCUCAGAGUGAUUACAAUAAAUACACGGAACUUGUAGAGAAUACACUCAAACCAUGGGGUUAUAAAGUUGAGGGUAUACACGCAAAAUCGAAUCCUAUCCAAGCGGUUUUGCAGGCGGAAGCACUCUUUGUUGGCGGCGGUAAUACUUUUGUGCUGUUAAAGGCCCUUUACGAUGCAAAUCUUAUACCAAUUAUACGCGAACGUGUACUCCAAAAAGGUAUUCCGUAUAUUGGCUCGAGUGCUGGCACCAAUGUGGCCACACUCUCAAUACAUACAACCAACGAUAUGCCCGUAACAUUUCCGCCCUCAUUCGAAGCAUUACGCCUAGUGCCAUUCAAUAUUAAUCCACACUAUUUGGAUCCAGAUGAAACGACACGUCACAAGGGUGAAACCCGAGACGAACGUAUAAAUGAAUUUAUUGAAUAUCAUAAAAAACAAGUGUUGGGCUUACGUGAAGGUACUGCAUUGCUGGUGGAGGGCGAUAUAGCCACACUCAUAGGGGAUCGUAAUGCGAAAUUGUUUUUGCCCAACAAAGAACAAGCCGAAUUUGCACCCAACUCGGACAUGAGCUUUCUACUAAAUAAGACCUAAUGGUAUAUAUAAUAUUAUUAUAUAGUUAAAAAGAAAAUGUUGUAAUAUCCAAAGUUAUGGUAUUUUAUUUGAAAACAUCUUUUUUAUUUGAAAACAAAGAAAAAUAAUUUAAAGAAAUAUACAUACAUACAUUACAAUAUGACAAAUAAAAAUGCAUUUAUCUAACUGUUGCAAAUUCAUCCAUAA